GUGAUCGUUGUCGCACAGCGCUCGGUGGGAACAGACGGUGCAGUGGGUGGUGUGCUGCGUGUUUGCAAACGUACAUUUCAAUUUAACGGUUAUUUUCAUAACGUCUCGUUCCGCGACCGGUACCCGUUGUUCGUCGUCGUCCGAUAAACCCGUCCACGCGAGUACGACCGUUUGCAGCCGCAGACGAUCGCCAGACAGUAUUCACGCCGAUUUUUGUCGUUCGACGUGCGCGCCAACACACGCACAUAACCUAUCCGCCACCACCCCCGGGGCUGCCGUUUUUACUGGUUUCCGCCGCCUAAUCAAACAAAAGUCAAAACUAUUAUUAUUAUCAACACCGUCAACUCUCCAAUCGUCGCAACGGCUUCCUCGAUAUUAUUUUAUUUACGUGUUGCAUUUCCGAAUCUACGUGUUAACGUCUCCCGUCGCUUAACCCAGUAGUCGGUACAAUAGUGUGGACGGUGAUCUUGAAGGGUCACUCCGGACGAGCAACGACUUCGAGGUGGUAUUUGAUCGUUUAUAGGAAACAUGUCGUCCAGACCAAAAGAAGAAGAGGUCAGAAUCCCGGAUGUGAUUCUCGACAACAAGACCAACAAGAAGUAUCAAAAGGGCAGUUUUCUCGGAAAGGGAGGUUUUGCAAAAUGUUACGAAAUUGUUGAUAUGAAAACCAAAGAAAUCUUUGCUGGGAAAAUUGUUUCUAAAAAAUAUCUAUUGAAACACAAUCAAAAAGAUAAAAUGACACAAGAAAUACAUAUUCACAAGAUGUUGAAACAUACAAACAUAGUUACUUUUCAUAGUUUCUUUGAGGAUAAUGACUUUGUUUAUAUUGUUUUGGAACUUUGCCGUAAAAGGUCUAUGAUGGAGCUGCAUAAGAGAAGGAAAACUCUCACAGAACCUGAAACCCGUUACUAUGUAUUUCAAAUUCUUGAAGGCACAUUAUAUUUACAUAAUCAGGGCAUUAUUCACCGAGAUCUAAAAUUAGGAAAUCUAUUUUUAAAUGAUGAAAUGGAAGUGAAAAUAGGAGAUUUGGGCUUAGCUGCUAGAAUUGAAUAUGAUGGACAGCGCAAAAAAACUUUAUGUGGUACUCCAAACUAUAUCGCUCCAGAGAUUCUUAGCAAGACUGGUCACAGUUUUGAAGUUGAUGUUUGGUCCAUAGGUUGUAUAAUGUAUACACUAUUAGUUGGCAAACCACCAUUUGAGACAAACUCUCUGAAAGAAACAUAUGCUAGAAUUGCACGGUGUGAUUAUAGUUUACCACCCCAUUUAAAUAAGAAUGCCAGUUCUUUGAUCAAUAAAAUGCUUCAAUAUGAUCCUAAAAAACGUCCUUGUGUUUCUGAUAUAAUGAAAGCUGAUUUCUUUACUACUGGUUAUAUGCCUAAAAGAUUGCCUGCAUCAUGUCUUACAAUGGCUCCUCGUUUCGAUUCAAUCAAUUACAGAGAAUCAAUUUCUAAUCGCAGACCACUCAAUGAACUCAAUAGCCCGAAAUCUGCUAUCAUCAAAGUUGUUACCAAACCUCAAGAUCCGGUUAAUAAAUUACCAAUGUUUAAUAUUCCAAACAAACCGACUACUGGAAAUGGAGUAUCAUCUAAUGAUUGUAAAGAAUAUAUGAUGUCCCUUGAAAAAGAAUUGGGAAAUUUAUUAAAAUCUAAACCAUCAAUGAAAGGAAUGAAAAAUAUGGAGGAAAAUACUGAUCCUGCUGCUCAGCCUCUUAUUUGGGUUAGUAAAUGGGUGGACUAUUCUGAUAAAUAUGGAUUUGGAUACGAGUUGUCUGAUGACUGUGUUGGUGUUAUGUUCAAUGAUUUCACCAGAAUAAUACUUUUAGCCAAUCUGAAAGAUGUCCAUUACAUAGAAAGAAGUGGCUCCGAGCAAUACCAUACAACUGAUCAUACUCCACCGGCAUUGGAAAAAAAAAUGAAGUUAUUAAUGUACUUCAGACGUUAUAUGAAUGAUCAUCUUAUUAAAGCUGGCGCUGAUAUAUUAGCUAAAGACGCAGACCAAUUGAGUCGCACACCAUAUAUGUACCAGUGGUAUAGAUCUACUUCAUCAGUUAUUAUGCAACUCACUAACGGCACUUUACAGAUCAAUUUCACAGACCAUACUAAAGUGAUAUUGUGUCCAUUAAUGAACGCUGUAACCUUCAUUGAAAAUAAUGUAUUCCGUACAUACCGUUUUAACACAAUUGCUGAACAUGGCUGUAGUCCUGAAUUAGGAAAAUGCUUGGAAUAUGCUCAUAAGAAAAUUGGCUCAAUAUUAAAAGAUAGCCCAGCUUAAUUUACUUGAAAAUGACGAGUAUAUUUGAUUUAUAGUUAUGAUAAUUAAUGAAAAACCAGUAUGUUAAAAGAGCUAUAUUUAAGAUUGUAAAUAGUUACUAUUAAUUUUUUUUAAUUCUCAAUAUUAAUAUUAAACCUUAAAUUUGAA